AUGGCUCAGCUUGUGGAGACAGUUGGCUCAAAAGGAGUCGUCAAAAGAACUGAAUUUGUCAGAAUCAUAACACGGGCAUUGCAAUCGCUUGGUUAUGAGGAGAUUGGAACCCUUUUGGAGAACCAAUCAGGAAUACCAUUGCAAUCACAAGAGAUUAGCUCGUUCAAGAACCAAGUGCUGGCUGGAAACUGGGAUCAAAGUGUGGAAACGUUGCAUGCGAUCAGUCUUCUGGACGAAUCAACCCUGACUUCUCAGGCAUCAUUCUUGAUAUGGGAGCAGCAGUUCCUCGAAUUUCUGAGGGACGAUCGUAUUCUUGAUUCCUUAAAUACUCUAAGGAAAAAAAUUGCGCCUCUUGAUAUAAAUUCUAACCGUGUUCAAGAACUUGCUUCCUGUACCAUCUCUCGUCCAGAGGAUCUAAACAUUGAGUCAAGGCCAGAGAUUCUAGAGAAACUACAUAACUUUCUUCCUUCGUCACUCAUGAUUCAUCCAACAAGGUUAGAAAGUAUUAUUGAGGAGGCUAUUAGUCUGCGACGAUUAAGCUGCCUGUAUCACAAUAUUUCAGAUAGAAAUGUCUCUUUGUACUCGGAUCAUAAGUGUGGAAUGAGCCGGCUUCCUUGUCAAGCAAAGCAGAUUCUGCACAUGCACGUUGAUGAAGUCUGGUUUCUGCAAUUUUCACAUAACGGAAAGUAUUUGGCAUCAUCGUCCAAGGAUGAAUCGGCAAUCAUUUGGGAGGUUACAGAUGGCGGUGAAGUGUUAUUUGGGCAUAUACUUGGUCAUGAGAAACCAGUUUUGAGUGUUUCAUGGAGCCCUGAUGAUGACCAGUUACUUACUUGUGGCGAAGGAGAGGUUAUCAAACGAUGGGAAGCCAAUUCUGGACGGUUGCUCCAUGUUUAUGAGAGAACUGAUUUUGGUUUUAUUUCCUGUGCAUGGUGUCCUGUGGGGUUUAUACUUGCUGGUACGACUGACCAGAGCAUCAUCCUGUUGGAUUUGGAAGGAGCGGAGAUGGAUUGUUGGAAAAACUACGCACUCAGGAUGUCGGAAAUGGCCAUAACUAAUGAUGGAACUAGAAUCUUAAGCAUAUACGAAGAUAGAUCGAUAGCAGUGAUUGACAGGGAAAAGAAGAAAAUUUUGAGACUGCUUCCGCAAGAGGGUGUGAUUACUUCCUUCUCAUUAUCGAAUGACAACAAAGUCCUCCUCGUUAAUCUGCUAAACCGAGGAAUCCAUUUUUGGAGUCUUCUAGAAGGUUAUGAGGGCCUCAUCAGCAGAUAUGAAGGUCGAAUAAGCACACGAUUUAUCAUCAGAUCUUGUCUCGGUGGAUUAGAAGAAACAUUUAUUGCGAGUGGGAGUGAGGAUUCUCGGGUGUUCAUAUGGCAUAGAGGCCAAAGGAUUCCAAUCAUGCAACUGCAAUCAAUUCAUACAGGAACUGUGAACUGCGUGAGCUGGAACCCAACAAAUAUUCACAUGCUGGCUUCUGCUAGUGAUGAUCAUAAAAUUGUAAUAUGGGGUCCUCCAUCCUCGUCACAGAAGUUGAAGCUUCAGGGAUAUGAAAGGGAUGGGUUUUAAUCAAGGAAAUUGAAGCAAACUCUCAACAGCUAUAGCCAGCCAAGUAGCUGAAGUUCUUUUGAAGUAGAUUACUGA